AUGCCUGUCACAACUUCCGGAAGGAUAAUUAAGACCCGUAAGGGUAAGAAGGGUACUGCCCAUCAGAAAAAUCAUCGAUGGGAAUCUUUUACUACGAAAAUAUCAAAAUUAAACUCCCUCGACCCAUUACGAAGAGUUCGUCGACAUGACCUCGAUGCCGAAGAUACUUCUGCGACUACAUCCUAUUUCAAAGCCGGUCUGGAGAAAUGGACCGAACUCAAUUUAUCAUCUGGAUUCAUUUCCUUCGCAGAGGAGGUACUCCCGCUAUGCGACAGUUUACCGCAGAUUCUACAUUUCGAGGACAAGAUUAUGGGCCUCUUCGUUAAAUACAUGGAAGGAAAGCAAAGGGAAUCAUUGGAGCCAUUGUUAGAGUUAAUUACAGAUUUUGCGCAUGAUCUGGGACCUCGAUUCGAAAAGCACUACGCAAAAGCACUGGAAUUGGUUACAUCGAUAGCAGGAACCCCUCAGGAUGUCGCUGUUAUUGAAUGGAGCUUUACAUGCCUAGCAUUUCUGUUCAAAUAUUUGUCGAAACUUAUUGUACCAGAUUUACGCCCUACAUACGAUUUAAUGGCACCAUUACUUGGAAAACAUCGUCAACCUCCACAUAUUGCCCGUUUCGCAGCAGAGGCCAUGAGUUUUCUCAUCAAAAAAGCUGGCGCACCGGCUCACAGAGAGAAGGUCCUUCCAUUGAUCGUGCGACACGCGAAAUUGGAUCUCUUGAGUAUCGCAGACACCAAACAAUUUGGCCUCUACUAUCAUGGAAUAAUGACCUUGUUCGCCGAGGCUAUGAAGGGUAACGGACUAACCGUACAUACGUCUGGUCCAGCGAUCUUCAAGUCACUUUUCCUAGCAAUCGAAGAGAGUGAUUUUGGGGAAAAGGAAGCUUCGCCAUGGGUAGAUGUUAUAUGUGGUGUACUCACUAGUAUUGUGCAUCAUACCACUCCGGAGACUUUCAAGGAGAUCCUAGAAUUAGUAUUGGAAGAGGCAAAUACUCUUACCGAUUCCUUUACGCAGUCAAAGACGAUGUAUAGUUUCAACAAACUCCUACUCUCAGCCCGGACAAUAGGGAUUGUGGCUGGUGUUCGACGAGCUUCACGAGUUCAGAAUUGGCCAGCCUUGUUACAGGCAUUAUCUAAUAUUUUGAAAGCAGUUUCUAGGAACGCAUCCUUAGUCGCGGCCGAUGACAAACAUUUAGAUCUUUGGAAAUACCUCAUUGAGAGUGCAGCAAUUGCUCUAACAUAUUCUCCAAUGGACUCCACAAUUCCUUUAAUUUCUCCUUUCAUGGAUGCCCUUACCAAGGACCCUUUGGCAAAAUGGUUCUUGACAUUCUGCUCAUACUUGUCGCAAGGAGAGCCUGAGCGCUUCCGAACUAUUGCGUUACCUUACUUUCAAAGAUUUAUUGUUACACAUUGGUCUGAUGCUGAAAACGGAGAUACCUUGUGUGUGUUAUUACCGAAGAUGGUAGCAUCAGGGGUACUACCGAGUCGAUAUGGAAAGGAUGCAUUUUCACUACCUCAAUCUUGGCAGGACCAGAUUGUCAGUAAAUUCGAACGGCUGGAAUUACAACCUUUCCCUGAACAAGUGUCAACAGCUACUUAUAAUCGCAGUCCCAAAACAUGGCAUGAUCGAUGCUUACCUAAAUAUAAUGCUCUGUUAGAAAUUUUAGAGUGCACUGCUGUACACCCAUCAACAAACGCAAGAAUUGCAGAAAUUCUACUCCGCAAACUCAAACUUGCGCUCAGGCCAUCUUCUUCACUUGCGCCCGAGGAAGCUCAUUUCAUUGUUGGUCGAGGUUUCAGUUCCUUCUCUCGUAUGACCAGAGGAGCUGGUGAGGUUGACAGGGCAUUGGAGCCAUUACUACGUGCAGCAGCUCCUCGGUAUGCUCGAUUGCCAAAUUUCUUAGAAGCACUGCUAGGUUACAAAGCAAGCCUCAAAUUGUCCCCUACACCUGAUGAGGGGAAAUCGAACGAGGAAGAGGAUACGAGCGAUUCAGAAGCUGAAUUUGACCUACUGAUUUGGGAAGAUACGAGUGCUGCUCUAAAACAGAUCGCUGAAUCCAAAGUCGGUGAGGAAGCAGUUGCAGUCUUGACAUUCAAAUGGUUGGAGACACCAUCAGUCAAAUGGAGUGGGCCUCCAGCCCCCAUAGAGAGAGAUCAAAACAAUGGGUUAACUGACUUUGAAUGCUCAAAUCUCAAUAAUCUAGACAAACUUGCAACAGAGACAGACUUGGAAGUCCGCAAUGCUCGUGAUACUAUGCUUCAAAAAUUUGAGGUCGCUCAACAAUUGGUUGACGCACAGCCCAGCGCUGCUAGAUCUCAAGCGCUACGUGUUCUGUCUGCAGUUCCUAUGAUUGGAGAAAGACGAUCUCGACAACUAAUUCCAAUGUUUCUUUCUUGGGCCAGCAAAACCUCCGAAGAGGCUGACCAGACAAAUGAGGAGGAUGAAGCAGUUGUGAGUGAUUGGACAAGGAAGGACCAGAAGGCUCUCUUGGAUGUAUUGGGCCUGUUUGUCAAUCCAAGAUCCAUUUUCAAGGCAGAUGAGGUUCACGAAGCACUUUUGGGAUUAUUGGCGAAUGGUGACAUUGAAACCCAGAAGUCUGCUCUGAAGGCCGUCUUGACAUGGAAAAACAAGAGCGUCAAACCCUAUCAGGAAAAUCUCUUGAAUUUGCUCGAUGAAGCUCGGUUUAAGGAUGAGAUUACUAUUCUUCUUCAAGGUCAAACCUUAGUUCAACCAGAACAUCGAGAAGCCCUUAUGCCAAUCCUUCUCAGAUUGCUAUAUGGACGCACGAUUUCUCGGAAGGGUGCUGCAAGUGGAAAGCAAGGUAUGGAGGCAAGAAGGUUGACAGUGUUAAGAAAUCUGAGUGUUGAAGAUGUUGGAGGAUUUUUAGAUAUUGCCCUUGGUGAUUUGAAAGAUAUGGAUCUAGUCAAGGACGGAGCUAUUCAAAUGUCGGUCUUUGAGAAGGAGUUGCUGGGUGCAAGGAAGCAAGUUGGUUUCACAAACAUGAUGGAAGCAGUGCUUAAGGAAUUAGCCACCAAGGUUGCUCCUUUGACCCGGAAAUUACUGGAAGCAGUGUUGUACUGUUUGGUAAUCGCUUCGCGCCAACUACAGGAUGACUCAACUGAAGAAAAGGAAGAGGAAGAAGAGAACAGCAAGACCUCCUUGUUCAAAGUUGUUCGACAGACUGGAUUGAAGUGUCUCAUACUCCUGUUCAAUAACUCGGUAGACUUUGACUGGUCUCCAUAUGUAGAUCUCAUUGUGACCGAAUUGUCCAACCAAGACUCGAUAAUUUACCAAUCGAAACUGCGCAGGGUGUUUCCGGUCUCCUCCGAUUGUUUUCUGCCUGCACCUUCAAAAUCCAAGGAUGAAGUCAAACUUUUCGCUCUUUCCAUCAUCCGGGGUGUCGUCAAGUGUGCACAAGAUGAAGCAGUAGGAGACAAGGAAACCAUAAAGCAACAGCUUUUAACACCGAAUAUGGAUCAUUUCCUUAUUCAAAUAGGUGGUAUUCUUCGUACCCAUAACGAUAUGAGCAAAGAUUUGCUCGAAGGUUGUGUUGAAACUGUCUCUGAGUUAGCACCUUUCGUCUCAAACUCGACACAAGGCCGCAACUUGGUUGAUGUAUCAGUUUUCUUACUCGAUCAGCCCUCGCGAAGAGUGACUCCCAAGACUAAAGCCGGUUUGCUUUUAGUUUUGGAACACUUUGUACCUCUCUACGAUCUCCAAAAUGAUGUGGACCUUCAGGAUCGAGUUUACCAUACUGUGACUUCCCUCUUUGGUUUUUUCAAAGACAAGGUUAGCAGAGAAGUAUUAUCACGAGUGCUGUUAGUGUACUCAGACAAAGAUCCUGUUUUGAAGGAAGUGGCAGCAUUGUGUUCAGAUCUCAAUUCUUUUGCUGAAGGACGACUUGACGAACCAGAUUACGAUCGCCGACUGAAGGCUUUCAAUGCCAUCAACGCCAAGAGAGAUAUUGACUUCGAUUCGCAUCAAUGGACUCCUUUACUUUUCAACAUGCUCUUCUAUAUCAAGCAUGACGAAGAAUUUGGUAUUCUGUCAUCGAAUUCUUCAGAUGGAGUAUGUCGAUUUAUCGAAGCAGCUAAAGAUGCGAAGCAAACUUCAGAGUUUCCAGCUUUCCAAAACAUGCUUUCCACGAUCUUAAUUCCAGCCCUUUUCGCCGGUGUCCGUGAACCUUCUGAAAUUAUUCGUCGCGAAUACAUGAAAGUUAUGGCGCAUUUGAUCCGCAACUUUUCGGAUUGGUCUGAAGUGAGCGAUAUGCACAGUCUCUUGGCGGGCGAAGAUGAGGUAGAAUCUUCAUUCUUUAAUAAUAUCAUUGCUGCAGGUAAAGGUCGUCAGUCCAGCGCUUUAGGGCUACUUUCCUCAGCCGCGGAGAAGGGAGAGUUAAGCAGCAAAAAUGUCAGCCAUUUCUUCAUUCCUCUCAUCGAGCAUUUCAUUUUCGAUAGAGCGGAGGGCAACGAUGCACAUAAUCUUGCCGCCGAAGCUACGACUACCGUUGGAAUUCUCGCUGGUUCGCUGGAGUGGCAACAAUACCGUGCCACUGCUGAACGCGGUUCAUUGGAUAUGUUCAAGCCAAACCUGAUCUAG